GUCAGGCGCGGAUAAUAUUUGUGUGUUUUUCUCCGUUGCUCCUGAUAGUGCCGAGAUCAUUUUUCUGGAUGUCAUCCACAGGUCUCAACAUCAUGAAGAAGAUCACAGGCAAACACUUGUUGUGCUUAUUCCUUCUCGCCCUCCCGGUGUCCUGGGCAGAGGACAUGAAGAAAGAUGUGAGGAAGACUGAGAAUAACACAGUUUGGAACCAAGGGAAGAACAGAAGACUGUUUGCAAGACGGAAGAUUUCUACACCACAGGAAAGUCACAUUCCUAGACACAAGACAGAGCUCAUGACCCCUGCACGCCGCUGUAGCCGCUUGAUGGAAAGCUGCUCUUCUCACACACCAUGCUGUGACCCCUGCGCCUCCUGCCGCUGUCGACUCUUCAACACCAUAUGCCAUUGCUGGAGGAUGAACCCCAUGUGCUUAAAGAGGACAUAG